AUGGUUUACUUGACUAUAAAGUUAACGACAAAGUGCUCACUACAACAGCUGCAGUCCAGUAAUGGCAUCAGUGAGGUAAGAAAUAGAUCGAUAGAUAAGACAACGACAACUCCAAAUCAUUCCGAAGCUAACUACGCCGUAUUGCAGCUCGUGACCAAAUGUCCUACCGACCCUUUAAACCCAAAUCGCAGAUGCCAGGAAAGCGACACAGGUUUUUGGAAUGGCGGUGAAACUAAUAGCAAAGGCACAAAAGAGUCAGGAAAAAUGACAGCAUUCGUUGUUACUCCGAUCAAAGUAUCAAAAAAAGUCAAACUGUUGCCUGCGCAGAUCGCUGAACAUUGGCGUAACAAAGGUGAACCAUUGAAGAAAAAUCGCACAAAAUAA